AAAUAUAUCAGGUCUAUAACACCACAGUCAAUAACGAGAUUUGGACGAUCAGCCGACACCAAACCUAUUUAUGGAGGGAACAAAUAUAUCAGGUCUAUAAGACCACAGUCAAUAACGAGAUUUGGACGAUCAGCUGGCACCAAACCUAUUCAUGGAGGGAACAAAUAUAUCAUGUCUAUAAGACCACAGUCAAUAACGAGAUUUGGACGAUCAGCUGACACCAAACCUAUUCAUGGAGGGAACAAAUAUAUCAGGUCUAUAACACCACAGUCAAUAGCGAGAUUUGGACUAUCAGCUGGCACCAAACCUACUCAUAUAUGGAACAAAUAUAUCAGGUCUAUAAGACCACAGUCAAUAACGAGAUUUGGACGAUCAGCUGACACCAAACCUAUUCAUGGAGGGAACAAAUAUAUCAGGUCUAUAAGACCACAGUCAAUAGCGAGAUUUGGACUAUCAGCUGGUACCAAACCUACUCAUAUAUGGAACAAAUAUAUCAGGUCUAUAAGACCACAGUCAAUAACAAGAUUUGGACGAUCAGCUGGCACCAAACCUAUUCAUGGAGGGAACAAAUAUAUCAGGUCUAUAAGACCACAGUCAAUAACAAGAUUUGGACGAUCAGCUGACACCAAACCUAUUUAUGGAGGGAACAAAUAUAUCAGGUCUAUAAGACUACAGUCAAUAGCGAGAUUUGGACUAUCAGCUGACACCAAACCUAUUUAUGGAGUGAACAAAUAUAUCAGGUCUAUAAGACUACAGUCAAUAGCGAGAUUUGGACUAUCAGCUGGCACCAAACCUACUCAUAUAUGGAACAAAUAUAUCAGGUCUAUAAGACAAAAAUCAAUAAAAAGAUUUGGACUAUCAGCUGGCACCAAACCUACUCAUAUAUGGAACAAAUAUAUCAGGUCUAUAAGACCACAGUCAAUAAAAAGAUUUGGACUAUCAGCUGGCACCAAACCUACUCAUAUAUGGAACAAAUAUAUCAGGUCUAUAAGACCACAGUCAAUAAGAAGACUUGGACAAUCUGCUGGCUCCAAACCUAUUCAUGGAGGGAACAAAUAUAUCAGGUCUAUAACACCACAGUCAACGACAAGAUUUGGACGAUCAGCUGACAUCAAACCUAUUUAUGGAGGGAACAAAUAUAUCAGGUCUAUAAGGCCACAGUCACUAACAAGAUUUGGAAGGUCCGCAGAUAAAAAUCCUAUCAGUCAAAGGACAAGAGAUGGAGGGUCUAUCAGAUCACAGUCAACAAAAAGAUUUGGACUAUCAACUGGCACUGAACCUAUUCAUGGAGGGAACAAAUAUAUCAGGUCUAUACGACCACAGUCAAUAACGGGAUUUGGACGGUCAGCUGGCACCAAACCUAUUCAUGGAGGGAACAAAUAUAUCAGGUCUAUAAGACCACAGUCAAUAACAAGAUUUGGACGAUCAGCUGACACCAAACCUAUUUAUGGAGGGAACAAAUAUAUCAGGUCUAUAAGACUACAGUCAAUAGCGAGAUUUGGACUAUCAGCUGACACCAAACCUAUUUAUGGAGUGAACAAAUAUAUCAGAUCUAUAACACCACAGUCAAUAACGAGAUUUGGACGAUCAGCUGACACCAAACCUAAUCAUGGAGGGAACAAAUAUAUCAGGUCUAUAACACCACAGUCAAUAACGAGAUUUGGACGAUCAGCUGACACCAAACCUAUUCAUGGAGGGAACAAAUAUAUCAGGUCUAUAACACCACAGUCAAUAACGAGAUUUGGACGAUCAGCCGACACCAAACCUAUUUAUGGAGGGAACAAAUAUAUCAGGUCUAUAAGACCACAGUCAAUAACGAGAUUUGGACGAUCAGCUGGCACCAAACCUAUUCAUGGAGGGAACAAAUAUAUCAGGUCUAUAAGACCACAGUCAAUAACGAGAUUUGGACGAUCAGCUGACACCAAACCUAUUCAUGGAGGGAACAAAUAUAUCAGGUCUAUAACACCACAGUCAAUAACGAGAUUUGGACGAUCAGCUGACACCAAACCUAUUUAUGAGGGAACAAAUAUAUCAGGUCUAUAAGACCACAGUCAAUAACAAGAUUUGGAAGGUCUGCAGAUAAAAAUCCUAUCAGUCAAUAGACAAGAGAUGGAGGGUCUGUUAGAUCACAGUCAAAAAAAAGAUUUGGACCAUCAGCUGGCACCAAAACUAUUCAUGGAGGGAACAAAUAUAUCAGGUCUAUAAGACCACAGUCAAUAACAAGAUUUGGAGGAUCCGCUGGCACCAAACCUAUUCAUUGAGGGAACAAAUAUAUCAGGUCUAUAGGACCACAGUCAAUAACAAGAUUUGGACUAUCAGUUGGCACCAAACCUAUUCAUGGAGGGAACAAAUAUAUCAGUUCUAUAAGACCACAGUCAAUAACGAGAUUUGGACGAUCAGCUGACACCAAACCUAUUCAUGGAGGGAACAAAUAUAUCAGGUCUCUAAAACAAAAAUCAAUAAAACGAUUUGGACUAUCAGCUGGCACCAAACCUACACAUAGAUGGAACAAAUAUAUCAGGUCUAUAAGACCGCAGUCAACAACAAGAUUUGGACGAUCAGCUGGCACCAAACCUAUUCAUGGAGGGAACAAAUAUAUUAGGUCUAUAAGACCACAGUCAAUAACGAGAUUUGGACGAUCAGCUGACACCAAAUCUAGUCAUGGAGGGAACAAAUAUAUCAGGUCUAUAAGACAAAAAUCAAUAAAAAGAUUUGGACUAUCAGCUGGUACCAAACCUACGCAUGGAGGGAACAAAUAUAUCAGGUCUAUAAGACCACAGUCAAUAAGAAGAUUUGGACAAUCUGCUGGCACCAAACCUAUUCAUGGAGGGAACAAAUAUAUCAGGUCUAUAACACCACAGUCAAUAACAAGAUUUGGACGAUCAGCUGACACCAAACCUAUUUAUGGAGGGAACAAAUAUAUCAGGUCUUUAAGACCACAGUCAAUAACAAGAUUUGGAAGGUUCGCAGAUAAAAAUCCUAUCAGUCAAUGGACAAGAGAUGGAGGGUCUAUCAGUUCACAGUCA